AUGAAGUUUUGUGGAGAUUUUGUGAAGACUGAAAGAAUGAAGAUCAAACGCUUUUAUGGCAUACUGAAGGCAGAAUUUAGGGAGUUCAUCACUCCCUCGAAAUGUGAGACCCUUGAUGAGCUUAUCAAUCUGGCACGGGAUAGAGAAAUUGAAAUUAAGAGGCAAGAAGAACGUGGUGAAAAGAGAUCAAGUGAAAAAGGUGCAAGUUCGAGUCCAUCUAAAAAGGGGAAGUAUCAAGAGCAAGGAAGGAAAGAUAAGUCGAAGGGUGGUAUUACUCCUUGCAAGACUUGUGGAAAACUUCAUACUGGAGAGUGUCUGUUAGGCAAGAAGGGGUGCUACAAAUGUGGUAAUGAGGGACAUUCGUCUUAUCAAUGUCCAAAUAACCCGAAGACUUGUUUCAAUUGUUUCGAAAGGGGGCACAUUAAAUCGGAAUGCCCAAAACUUCAGCAAGAGUCGAAAAAGGAAGAUAAGAAGCAAGAGGGUUCUAGGGCAAAAGGAAGGAUGUUCCAAAUCACAUCCGAGGAGGCUAAGGUUCAUCCGAAUGUAGUUUCAGGUAUCUUUUUAUUAAACUCUAUGCCGGUUUAUGUAUUAUUUGAUACCGGAGCAACCAUGUCGUUUAUUUCUAGGGAGAUAGCACAUCAUCCCUCAUUUAAGAUUAAAUUAAUGUCGGUUCCCUUAGAAGUAGAAAUAGCCGAUAGUAAGAACUAUUUGUUAUACGAGAUUUGUAGAAGUUGCAAGUUCACUAUAGAGGACGAAGAAUUUGAUAUCGACCUUAUACCCAUUGAUUUGGGGGAAUUUAAAAUGAUAGUGGGUAUGGAUUGGAAGGCCCGAUACCAUGCGGAGAUUAAUUGUGAAACUAAAACAAUACAUGUUCAAUCCCCAAGUGGAAAACGAUUAAACAUACAAGGCGAGAGAAAGGUGGAAGCGAAACUCUAUACCCUCGUUCAAGCCGUUAAGUAUACACUUAACGGGAGUAGGGCAUACCUAGCUUACAUGGUAGAUGCUCAACAAGGUUUCCCGAAGCUUGAAGAUGUUGAGAUUGUGAACGAAUUUCUAGACGUAUUUCCGGAGGAAUUACCGGGACUCACUCCCGAUCGUGAAGUAGAGUUCCGCAUCGAAUUAAAUCUGGGUGCAAAACCGGUAGCGAAAGCCCCUUACAGGUUGGCUCCCACUGAGAUGCGGGAGCUAAUGACACAGUUACAGGAUCUUUUUUAUAAGGGCUUCAUACGUCCGAGUUAUCCAGGAGAAAACACAAAGACUAUCAUUGAGAGGUAUAGACAUCUUGUUCGUUCAAUUUCCAAAAUUGGUAUAACCAAAAGACCAGAAGAAUGGGUUGAAAAAUUUGUCAGUGCUUUACCUCAAGAAGAAUGGGAAAAUUAUAUCUUGAACUUGAAGAUUUCUGGAGAAUUUUCCCAACUGACAAUUUGUCCACUCAUUGAAAAGAUUGAAGAACAGGUGGUGAUCAAUGUUGAAAAUAAGAAAAGUCAAAAUGAUGACCAAAGGGGAAAGGAACAGAUUGAGAUGAAAGAUGAUGAUAAACAGAUAUUGGGAUUGAAGAAAACUUGUGAGAUGCUGAAAUCCGAAAAUGUUAAACUGUUAAGUGAUUAG